AUGGCAUCCACCUCGACCACCGCCCCCACCGCUGCGGCCCAGGUUCCUCCCACCGCUUCCCCCGAGCCCCCGUACCACCACCCAGACUUUCUCACCGCAGAGAACGCCGUUGUCCUCCAGUCCGCCGACAAUACGCUCUUCCGCUUCGACCGUGAGGUCCUGCGCACAGCCUCGUCGUUCUUCCGCGACCUCGACGAGCUGGCCCUGGAGACUGACGGCAAGGAGAAGGUCAUUCCUUUCCCGACCACUCCAGCUUCCGCAAUCGCCUUCACCCUCAGCCUGCUCCGGGACCACUACAACCCGACGAGCCGCACCCCCCUCGCGUGGCCCGACGCCGACCUCCUCGACGCGGUGAUCGACUUCAUCCGGGCCCACAGAAUCCUCCCGGCAGCAGAUGCGUUUUUCACCAGGAGCAGCGGGGCGGUCCUCAACUACCAGUGCCUCCAGCGAAUCAUCCUGGGUGCUGUCGGCGGGCUCCCGACGGAGCGGAUCCAGGAAGUCUGCAACAAGACUGUCCUGUACGAGGUGGCUCGCAACCGCGGCGCUCGCGCCCAGCGACACCUCUCCCAGUACCCUGCUGUGGAGAACCUCCUUCUCCACACCCACCUGGACUGGAAGAAGCGGGUGCAGGACUGGAAGCGCGAGACGUACGACGAACUCGCGACCAACUUCUUCCUGGGUCCGUACAGGAGCGACGUCCUCGCGGACUUCAACGUGAAGAUCGGUCGCCGGCUCGAGAAGCUCGUCCAAGCGCGGCCGCAGGAGGUGGUCAACACCGUGCUCGACGUCGUCCCAUUCCAGUUCCAGCAGGUCCGCGACUUUCUUACAGCUCGCAUCUUCCGGUUCCGAGACUUUGUUGCCAGCACGUACGGGAUCCUUCCACCUCUGCACGACGACCCCGAGUUCUCAAGGUUGACCCACCUGUAG